GUUGUUGGUUUCAAAAUCUGUGGAUUAGAUGAAGUGGAUAUGAGGAUGCUGUAACUUGUAUGCUUCUUUCACAGGCUGUGUAGAGUUCAAGACCUGAAAAAAUGGCAUUGGCAGCAAUUGAUCCACAGCAGAACAUUGUAUCGAGGGUUGUCAACCUUCCCUUGGUGAGCUCCACCUAUGAUAUGGUGUCCACAGCUUAUGUCACCACAAAGGACAACCAUCCUUAUCUGAAGUCAGUAUGUGAGAUAGCAGAGAAAGCAGUGAAGACGAUUACUUCAGUAGCCAUGACAGGUGCUAUGCCUAUCAUCCAGAAACUGGAACCACAAAUUGUAGUUGCCAACAACUAUGCAUGUAUAGGUCUGGACAAAAUUGAAGAGAGACUCCCUAUAUUGAAUCAACCCACUGACAAGGUUGUUGCCAAUGCCAAGGAUGUAGUUGUUGGAGCCAGAGAAGCUGUAACAACCACUGUGACUGGUGCCAAGGAAACUGUUGCUCACACGAUCACUGGAGUUGUGGGCAAGACUAAAGAAGCAAUGCAAGACAGUGUAGAAAUGACCAAGUCAGUUGUCAAUGGCAGCAUUAGCACUGUUCUGGGAAGUCGUGUGGUGCAGCUGGUGAGCAGUGGAAUGGACAGUGCUCUCACAAAAUCAGAGACCCUUAUAGACCAGUAUCUCCCACUUACUGAAGCAGAACUAGAGAAAGAAGCUGCAAAAGUUGAAGGUUUUGAAGUUGGAGUUCAGAAGCCAAGCUACUAUGUUAGGCUAGGAUCCCUGUCUUCAAAGGUCCGCACACGUGCCUACCAGCAAGCCUUAAACAAAGUUAGAGAUGCUAGACAGAAAAGCCAGGAGGCAAUCUCUCAGCUCCACCACACUGUUAGUCUGAUUGAGUAUGCCAGAAAGAACAUGAAUAGUGCCAAUCAGAAACUUCUUGAUGCUCAGGAAAAGAUUUACCAGUCCUGGGUAGAAUGGAAGAAAAAGACAGGCCAAAAUGAUGGUGAGGAACUGCAUAGCACUGAGCACAUUGAGUUGAGAACUCUAGGUAUUGCACGGAGCCUCACUCAGCAGCUUCAGACCACCUGCCUCACGCUGGUCUCAAGCCUACAGGGGCUGCCACAGAAUGUGCAGGAUCAGGUUUACAGUGUUGGGUCAAUUGCAGGUGAUGUCUACCAGAGCUUUCGGUCAGCUUCCUCUUUCCAAGAAUUAUCAGACAGCUUUCUUGCCAGUAGCAAAGGACAGCUGAAGAAAAUGAAGGAGUCUCUGGAUGAUGUGAUGGAUUAUCUUGUUAACAACACACCGCUUACCUGGCUGGUAGGUCCCUUUUACCCCCAACUGCUUGGCAUUCAGCAUGCUGAGAGCAAAGGUGAGGGGGAGAAAAAUUCCAGCCAGAAAGACAAACAGCCUGAACACACUACUGAAUGAACUGCAUAGCAUGCAUGUACUCUGCUGACUGAUCAAACAAGUGGCCUUAGCAAGUGUAGCUGUCAAGAAAGCCUUGGAGAAAAAUCCAGAAACAUAGGGGAGGGAUACGGAGAAAAGACACUUGCACAUGGGUUGUAUUGUCCUGUGUAGUUAAGCCACUCUAAAAACUGUCUAGAGUGCGUAAAUAUUGGCAGCUUACAGUUGUCAAGAUGCCUUGUUUGUCAAGUUGAGAAACCUCACCAUGCCUAUUAAUAGUAUUAAUAUAACUUGUCUAAAUGAAACCUUACCAUAGCUAAAAAGUAUUUGCUUUGUUGCUUCAUCUGUACCAGAAUAUAAAAGCCUUACAUACCACGCAAUGCAUUUAAAAGCCCUGCAGUCUAGCUGGGUAUGCUUAAAUUCCUUGUUUGCUGUGGAUCACCCAUUUGAGUGUGAUGGAUCAGACUGUCUCAAGUUCUGUUGUUGCACAAUUCAUGACAAGUUCUGUGAGUGCAGAAUUCCAAAGCUGAAAGUGGGGUUUCUGAAGAAGUCAGCUGGAGUUACUUAAAUGCUGUGACAGUGUUAAUAUCUGCUAUAUAAACUUACCUGUUUUGUAACACAAGGACCUGAUCACAGAAUAGCUCAAGUUGGAAGGAAUCCAUAAGGAUCAUUGAGUCCAACUCCCUGCUUCUUGCAGGGCUACCUAAAACUAAACUGUAUGACUAGGACCAUUGUCCAUGUGCUCCUUGAACUCUGGCAGGCUUGGUGGUGUGACUAAUUCCUUGGGGAGCCUUGUCCACUGACCUACAAAUUGUAAUCAAUAUGGUUUGAAUAUGCAGUAUAAAGACAAGAUUCAUGCUGUUUGUACUCAAGCACCUGUUGUGAACUGCUUUUUUUGUAGCCAUCUUUUGUAAUUUUGUA